GUUUUUGAAGAUCAGAAAUAGUUUUCAAAUAAGUGUGUUCAGUACAAAUAUAUUUAGUACACAUAUACAUGUUUAAUAGAUGACAUAUACCUGGCUAUUUCGCGCGGUUUCUACAAGGCCUCAAUGUAAUAUGUAGCAACUUGCUUGUCGAGUUGUGCACACUCUCUUGUCAGUACAGAGUAUACAUGUAGGUUAGUGUGUUAUUUAAUUGUCACAACUCCGACGACAGGCCCAUUCCGGUCACGUACAGCUACUCCAUUUUGCAUUUGAUCCUGUCUUCGCUUCAGUGGCUCUUUUUAUCAGAGUCCUACUUUUUGUGGGAAACGAGAGACACACGGCAAAGGCCUCUAACCUCCCAUUAUUCUAUUUGAUUCUUCAGCUUUAAACCUUGAAAAAAAAAACCUGUGUGUAAAGUGCAGUGGGUCGAAACUGAGAACUUGGCUACCAGGAAGAAGACUUGAAGUGAACGCAAGGCGACGAGAUCGGAAUGUCUGUGUGGAGCUGAUCUUGAAGCAGGUGAAUAAAGGAGCUCAGGAUGAUGGGCGCACGGAUUCAGACAAGAAGAACAGGAACAAUGGCAGUUCCUCUCACAGCUGCGUUCUUGAUGACAAUCAUUAUGCGGGUGCAGUCGGCCUCGGAAACAAUGGGUAAUCUUACCUUUGUAUGUCCUGAUGGCUGGAGGAUAAAGGCGCCGGAUUGCUUCCUCAUAGCGACGACGCCAGCAACAUUCACGUCUGCUCAGGACACGUGCUCAAAGUAUGGAACCACUCUUGUGAUUCUGGAUGAUGAGAAUGAGUCGCUAAUGGUCAGUCAACUAUUUCGACAGGAAACCUUAUCUUUUUCUCAUUUCUGGAUCGGAAACAUAAAACUUAACGAACAAAGCAUGUGUGAAGGACAGUGGGACAUACAACAGCCUUCAAAUAUUACCUUGUCUUACGUGUCGUCGUCGUCAGUCAAUGGACGAUGGAGUACGACCGAUCCGGACACAAUGCUGCCUUUUGUCUGCAGGUUUCACGCAUGCCUAGAAGGAACAUUUCGCUGCAUGGACGGGUCUCAGUGUCUGAACAACGCCUGGAAGUGUGACGGACUGUAUGACUGUCCCGAUCAGUCGGAUGAAGCAGAUUGUGCGGCCUCAUGCACCAGCUACAUACAGAAACCAAGCGGAAGUCUGAACGUGACGUAUGAAGCCAACAGGCCGUGCACGUGGGUCAUUGAAGGAGUCGUUGGACAAACUCUCUCCGUAACAUUUCACACUGUGGACCUCGAGUGCGACGUUGACUUCAUAGAAGUCUGGAGCGGAGGUCCAACGAUAGAGACCAGCACCCAGAAGGCCUUGCUCACCGGAAGUCGGACAAAUCAAACCGUAUAUGGCGACAACAACUUCCUCAUUAUCAAAAUAAUCCCAGAUCUGUCUGUUCAAGGAGCUGGUUUUACAGCCACUUGGCAACCAGUUUCAGGAAAUUUUAGUGCAUUGGACACUGCCGUCAACUCCCAUUCCUGUUGGUCAUGGGUAUGUCCCGACGGAGGUAGCCUUUACUACACAUUCAAUUAUUCUUUGUGUGUGUGUCUCGGGACAUAUCGUCCAGCAGGUGGUGGAACAUGCAAAAGCAUGUCCAGCGAAUUCGACAUCUACUUCCCCAAACGCUCCAACACGAAGCUCCAGCCACCACAGAUGUUCCUAGCCGAGGUAGACGCGAUCAGUCUCUCCUUCUGGAUCGCUUUUCUCAGUGACACCGAGUCUUUCCCAGUGCAGAUUGUGAGUGAUAACAAUAUGGACAAAGUGAUCCUCAUCUCAAGAUACGUCGUCAACUUUGGCGGUGUGGUGGAAGUAAACAUCACCGACAGCAACGGACGGCCACAGCCUCUGCCAGUGGGAGGCGAAUGGACCUUUUUUGCUGUCACAUGGGAUAUGACUGGAACGUACAGCAUCUACAUCAACAAUGAUACCAUGGCGAAAGACAUCCCGAUUCCAAGCCAGACACUUCCGCCCCAAGGAUAUCGGGGUAUAAAAGUUCUGUAUCUUUACAUGGGCGAGGACUUUGUUGGCUACAUCUCACAACUCAAAGUGGUGAACGGCAUUCUGACCAGAGAGGAAGUAAUGACACUGUACAACAACCCUUAUGCUUCUCUAAAUUUUAACUUGCGUUAUCUGUGGUCAGAGUACCAGUUGAAUUCCAGGGUAAGAUUUAUUUACCCUAGCUCCGUGAAACAAAACAGAACCAUGUGUCAUGGGGGCAAGUAUGACAACGAUUGCGAGGACGAACCAGACAAAACGUCGCCAUUUGUAAAUUGCUCCACGUCAGAGCUCAGAAUUCCCACCUACCGUCAAAUAGAGUUAUUUGACUACGUGAGCCCUCUCAUGGUCUUCCCUGAUGGUGAACCAGCGAUUACGAAUAUGAAUGGAACGCUGUUGACCUUCGGCGCCUACCGCGUGGUGUACGCAUCCAGAGACACGGCGGGCAACGUCGCCAUGUGUCGCUUUAACGUCUACGUGCAACGUGAAGAUCAUGUUUGCUUGGAUGUCGAGGCUAAAUAUGGCGAUUCCGUUAUGAUCCCUUGUGGUGAACCAUAUUCAUGGGAAGUGACGUGCCUGGAUGUCAACAGCAUCACGUCCUUCACGCCCAAGAUCGUCGUGUGCGGCAAGCUGGGCUCCUACAACUUUGAUGAUCAGUACACUCUACCUCCAGCACAACCUUGUAGUCGUUUUGAUAUGAACUAA